AAUGGUGGUAGAAAUAUAGCUCUUGCACAUGGAAAAUCUCAAUUAAAUGCACGUUGGAUUUUACCAUUUGAUGGAAAUUGUUUUUUAACACCUAACGCAUUUGCAGAAAUUCGAGCUCGUUUAAAUUUAUUUGGUGAUCAAUAUAAAUAUUUUAUAGUACCAAUGGCAAGAUUAUUAAAUAAUUCACAAUUAUUAGAAGAAUUAGAUGUUCGUCCUACUACUCCAGAAGAACCUCAAAUAAUAUUUAGAUAUGAUUCUGCUAAGGUAUAUAAUGAACAAAUGCGUUAUGGUAGAAGAUCCAAGUUGGAAAUGUUAUGGCGUUUAGGAUUUCCUCCAUCUUCAUCACACAAGACUCCUGGAGCACCAUGGGAACCCACAGAUAGUUAUCCUAAUAAAGCAGAAGAAAUACAAUAUCAAUCUGCUGGUUGGGUUUUUCGGUUAUUUUCGGGUCAAGUGUCACAAGAAAAGAAAGAAUCAGGACCAAUACGUGCAUUUAAUCGAUUAUUGGCUAUUCAAAAUUUUAUAGAUGGUUUAGAUGAACGUAUGGCUCGAAAAGUUAAAGGUUUUGAUCCUUUUCGAUUAUCUCUUUAUGACGAAAAGUUACUUAAUAAAGCAAGAUUGGAUUUUUGGAUAGGCGUACCUAAAGUUGUUGAAGUAGUUAAAAUGUUGAUCAAACAUGCUGAUAAUAUAUUAUCUGAACUUAUUAAUUCAUAUGAAUCAGAACCUAAUGUCCAUGUGGAUGCGAAUAUUCAUAAUUUAGAUAAUUCAGAACUAGUAAACAUGACCAGAAAUCCUAUUCCUGAUCUUUCUGGUCUUAUGAAGGAUUCAUUUAAAACAUCUCCUGUGCCUUCACCUGUGACAAUUACAACUAUAUCACCUGAUAUAUUCUUUGAAAAUGUAACAACUUUGGCCCUUGCACAUUAUUUUUCCGGUGAUGAACAAUAUUCGAGAUGGGCUGCUAAUCUGAUUAGAACAUUCAUUCUUUCAUCAUAUGCAGUUGGAGAACAAAAUAACGUUGAAGCACCUUCUCAUAUAAUUAAAUCAGAUGCAAUUGGAGAACAAAAUAACAUUGAACAUAUAGUUAAAUCACAUGCAGUUGGAGAACAAAAUAAUGUUGAAGCACCUUCUCAUAUAAAUAAUAGUGAAAUCAUUAGUAAUGAAGGCUAUAGUUUUCCAUAUUUAAAUAAAAUUCCACGUUUAAUACCAAAAUUUUUAAAUGUUGGAGCAUCUUUUUCAAAAAAUUUAACUAAUACCGAUCCAAGCUUUUUUUUGGAUGCAUGUAGACUUCUUUAUCGAGCGCGUGUUCUUACUCAUAAGGAAUAUAUGAAUCUCCAAAAUUUUGCAUCUGAUUGGUUAGAAUCAUUAAUUAGUUCAGCACAAAAUCUUAAAAUAGGGAGACAAUCCAAUCAUCAUGGUACUUUGUAUGACCUUCAAGUGAUAUCAUUAUCUGGAUUUCUUGAUGAUAUAAGGCUUUACCUUCGAGUAGCUAAUAGAGUACGAAUGCGAAUUGGUAAACAAUUUAAUAUUCCUAUAAAUAUCUCAAUGCCAAAAAUUUCACAGAAUCAUGAAAUUAUGUAUGUUCAAAAUUUGGUUGAUAUUGGUAAAAUUAAACCAUUAGAUUUUGAUGAGAAUGUUUUUCGAUACACUACAUUAAAUUUACAAUAUUGGUUACAUCUUGUACGAAUAGUACAAAAUGGACGUUGUGGAUCAGAUAUAUGGCAAUAUACAACAAAGGAUGGACAAAGAAUUAGUGAAGCAAUUAUAGAACAUUUCAAAUAUUAUAAUAAUAGAAUGCAUGAUAGUGCUAUUAUAGCUUUAACGCAUAUGGCAAAGAGCGCAUUUAAGGCUAAUAGUGAAACCGGACAAGAUAUAUGUCAAACUCAAGAUGAACACAUUUAUGCACAAUAUUUUAAUAACAAUAAUAUAAUAGAUUACAUUAAUUUGAUUAAUUUAGAUAACAAAACUAACAAAGAAGAAUUGAAUGUAAUAAUUGGUAUAGGAGAUGAGGCUAGACGAAGAGGCUUACCACCUUUCUGGAUGUUUGGUAUCGCAUCGUAG